UCAACACACCAGUAUUGUUUUAUUGGUUUUAAUGUACAGAACUUUCACAAGUAUCCUACUUUUUUCUGCUGUGGCUCUUAGUUCGAAUUUUCUCGUCAGAGAAUGAAACCCCAACUUAGUUUAGCUUGUUUAGUACUUAAUUAUUUCAAACGAGUUCAUCAUUAUACCCUUGCCUAGAAGGAGAGGGGUUUUACUCUUUUCCCCAUGUAUGUCUGUCUGCCUGUGUACUCAUCAUUUGCUCAUCACAGAUGCUUGAAAUUUUAGCACACUCUUUGUCUAGGCAUGUCAUAUGAAAAUCAUUUUUGCACAAAUAAGAUGUCAACUUCCUGUUAAUCUGUGCAUCUGUCCAUACCAAAUUUUUGUCACAGUUUUCUCUUAAACAACUUAACACUGAAGCUUGAAAUUUAAGCACACUCUGUGUCUACUCUAAGCAUGCCAGAUGGUAAGAUUCAUUUUUGUACGAAACUGAUGCCACCUUCCUGUUUGACAGUGCAUCUGUGUGUGUCAAUUUUUCAUUGCACUGUAACAAAUUGCAGUUUUAACGACAAGUACUUGUUGCUCAUGCUUGAAAUAUUAAAGCAGUCUUUGCGUAGGCUUGCCAUAUAUAUAUUAAUGGGAAUCAUUUUCGUACAAAUCCAAGUUCAACCUCCUGUUUAUCUCUGCAUCUGUCUGUAACAAAUUUUUUUUUGCAAUUUUCAAAUUCUGGUGAGUUCAGAAUAAGUCAUAGUUGCAUGUAUUAUAGUAUGUUUAUUCUUUUUCGCGAACUUUUUCCUUGCAUUUUUGAAAAACAGACGUACACGUGAAUUUCUUUUAUUCGUGUGAUUUAAUUCUCUCACGAUUGCUCCUCACAAAGGUGUCAUUGCUCACAAGGUAUGACUUUUUCACUUGUAUUUUAACAUGUCUAAGUUCUGAAAGUAUACAUGUAUUAAGUCAUGUGGGAUCAAAACUUCACAAGUUUUACUAGCCUACAUUGCUAUUUUGGGGCCCACAUUAAUGUAAAUAAAAGGUUGAAAACAAUUAAAAAGAGAAGCUCCUUACACUGUACAUACUGCUUUACUUCAAAUCAAAUUCCAUUUUUAAUUAAUUUCCACAAUUUCGAGAAGAAAAAGGUGACCCCUGUGAGUUUUCCAAGAAAAUAUGAAUCUGUACCUUCAGACGAAACAAUUGAAUUCUGGGAGUGGACUAAUAAUUAUUUGCAACCCUGAGUCAUUUUUACCCAGAUUAUAAGCUGAAUGAUGAAAGAUGAUUCGUCAAGAUAUUCUUGAAAAGAUAGAAGAAUUGUUUUAUAAGGGUUUUAACUACCGUUUAAUCCAUUAUUUGAUCCAGAGAAACCACAACUGUGAUAUAAGUUAUAAUUGCCUAACAAGAAAAGUUCUACCUAGACUUGGUUUGAAAAGGAGGCUUGCAGACAUUGCUUUGGAUGAAAUAUUUGAUAUUGCACAGAGAGAAAUACUGAAUGGAUGUUCAGGUGCUGAAAGUCUAAGAAGAGUAAUAAAAAUGAAACACCACCUGAAUAUUACCAGGUCCAUAGCAAGAGACAUAGUUCAUCUUUUGGAUAAAGAUGGGAUAAACAGAAGGAAGCAGAGAAGACUGAGAAGAAGGCAAUACUUUAGUAAGGGUCCAAAUUUUGUGUGGCAUUUGGAUGGAUAUGACAAAUUAAAGCCAUAUGGUAUAAGCAUUCAUGGAUGCAUUGAUGGAUUUUCCCGGCAGUUAAUAUGGCUGGAAGCAGAUGUGACUAAUAAAAGACCAGAGGUUGUAGCCGAAUACUUCCUGAAUGCAGUGCAUGCUAUGAAAGGUUGUCCUCAAAAAAUACGUGCUGAUCCUGGUACAGAAAAUGGAAUCAUAGCAACAUUUCAAUCAUUUUUAAAGACAGAUGCAAGUGCAGUAUCUUUUGGAACUUCUACCGCAAAUCAGAGAAUUGAAAGAUUUUGGGGCAUUUUAAGGCAAAUGAAAGCAGAUUUCUGGAUUGAUCAUUUCAAAGGAUUGGUAUAUGAAGAACUGCUGGAAACAGGAAAUCCUUUACAUAAAUCCUGUAUACAGUUUGUUUAUCUUCCACUCAUAAAGAGAGAUCUGAAAGAUAUAAUGAAUCAGUGGAAUACCCAUUCCAUACGAAGACAGAAGCUGGGAGAUACCUUGCAUGGAAUUCCAGAAGUAUUGUUUCAAAACCCUGAAGUUGUUGGUGCGUCAAACUACUUACAUGCUGUUCAGAGAGAUGUUGUGACUGAGUUACAGAGACUUGUCAGAAAUAAUUUCAAGGAGAUUGAUGAGGAUUUUGCUUCCGUAGCUUCAUCUAUUUUGUUGCAUUAUAAUUUGCCUUUCCCAGUCAACAUUACGAACAUGACCUGUGCUCGCCAUCUGUACAUUUUUCUAAGCGAGUUCAUGUCUCUUUUAUUGAGUUGAAAUAGUUAUUAUUGUGACAUGUGUAGGAGAGCUAAAAUGAACUUGUAUAUGUGAUAUAUUUACUCGACUUUGCAGGAUUUUACAUCAUUUGUGCUUUUCUUAUAGUCAAUAGGUAAUUUAUACUUUUAGCUACAAAAACAGUCAAUUUUCAAUGCUGUUUCUCAAUAUUUAAUAUAGAAUGCAACCUCUGAUCUAAAAUAAGCAACUAGUAAAUGAUAGAACUGUUUAUGAGGAUUACAAUUAAGGCAUAUUUAAUUUUUUUUUUAGAUUAGAUUGUGUGCUUAUAUCUUUUUCUUCUCUAAAAGUACUAAAAUAUACCUGAUUACAUUAAAAUUCAAGACCAUUGCAAUUCCAUAAAGCUUUUGCUCCAAGACCCGGCCCCAAGAUCAUGAAACAAACUUAGACUUAGGUAAUUCCACCCUCCUAUGAUGUCAUAGAUUUUCGCAAAAACUGUUUUUUAGUUUAAAUUCAUGCCUGAUAGAACAAUAUCUUUAGGAGGAAUGCUUUUCAAUAUGUGUACUUAUAAAUAUUGUUAACAAAAAUUUUUUUAAAAACGCAUAUUUUCUUAAAAAAUGUUGACAAGGGCAAUAACUCUUUCUCAGGUCUCUUCAUUCAGACAUUUUCUUUAUUGUACUUCUAAAAUAGUUUCCUGGAUAUUCACAAUUCAAAAGUAUUUUAUAUGUAGGAAAUAUUUAGGAACAUUCAGCAUCAGAAUUAUGCUUUUUAACGAGAUUUACAUAUUUUUCAUGAUUCUGUUUACAAAAAAUAUGCGAUUUUUUAGGUUGACAUAUACUUCUGCUUAUUCAUGUCUCCCAUCUGUACAAUUUUGUUUUUGUACUUUGAACCAUUAGAAUUGUGAGGGUGGAAUUAUCUUAAGUCAAAUUUUCAAUCUUGUAUAAAAUAUUCAUUAAUUAUGGAAUUUAAUUAGGAAUUUGCAGAUAACAACACUUCUGGGAAGCACUAUUGAAAAAAUAUUUUAAUUUUGGUAUGCUUGACUUCUACAACAUUUCAUUCAAAAACAGAUAUUUUGACUUUAGCUUAGGAUGCUUCAUGAUCUUGAGGCCCGGAGUAAGGAGACAAAUUGUAAUAGGAAAUGAAAGUACUAAGUCUCAAAUUUAUGUUGAUGAUUAAAAUGGAACAAAAAGUAUAAUCAAUAAAAACUAGAGCGUUGCUUUAAUUUCCCACAUAAGAGUUGUGGCAUAUUACAUGCAGUAUAAGUAUAUGUGACUAGAGACAGACAAAGACAAAGUUAUAAUUAUAGUUUAUUGUUCAUUUGAGAGAGAAAAUUAUUAUAAUAAACUGUAAAACUGUAUUGGUAGAAAAUUCUUUAAUAAACUGUAAAACUGAA